CUGUAAGACAGUACCGUGGGAGAAAAAACUCCUCCUCGCUCUUUGGUUUCCCACCUCCUUCCUGUUUCACCUCAGUUACUUUUUUGAAGUUCAGACUCACUCAGCAAGAGUGUGCUGAAGGGUCACUGUCACACAGUGAAGAAGAAAUGUCGUAUUUUAGUUCAUAAAAUGCUUUUCGCUGCAGAAAGUCGGUACCUUCGUGAGGUUAUUUUCCUGAGUUAGACCGCGUCUCCUCGUCGGGGUUUGAACGUAAAUAGAUAACACUUGUAGACUGAAGAACCAUCACCAUGCCCGACCUGUCGAGGAUGAAGAAGCCCGACGUGAAGCUUGUUUUCCUGGGCGACAUGAACGUGGGGAAGACGUCGCUGCUCCACAGAUACAUGGAGAGGAAGUUCAAAGACACCAUUAGCACCGUCGGAGGGGCUUUUUUCCUCAAACAGUGGGGACCGUACAACAUAUCAAUCUGGGACACAGCUGGUCGGGAGCAGUUCCACGGUCUAGGUUCCAUGUACUGCCGAGGAGCAGCCGCCGUCAUCCUGACCUACGACGUCACUAACUGGCAGAGCCUCGCUGAGCUGGAGGAGCGCUUCCUGUCACUCACCGAUACCGCCAACCAUGACUGCAUCUACGCCUUAGUGGGAAACAAGGCCGACCUGACUGACUCCAAAGCCCACCAUUGCCAGGACUCGGACGGACUCCCCGAGGACCGAGCCGAGUGCGAGGAGGAGAGGACAGAACCGCACGUGUUGUCCGCCUGUCCCACUCCUCCUGGGACAGGUGGAGUGGGACAGCAACCCGCAUCCCUCUCCGGUUUGCUGCUUCACAAGCAGGUGGCGCGGGAGGACGCGGUGGCCCUUUACGGGAGAAUACUGCGAUACAAAGGCCUGGACGAGAAGAGCAGCCUCCCGGCAGACAAGAUGUGCUUCGAGACGAGCGCCAAGACCGGGUACAAUGUGGACGUCCUGUUUGAGACGCUGUUCGAUAUGGUGGUGCCCGCCAUCCUGAGUAAGAGACAUGAGAACCAGGCGUCUCCUACCGUAGAUCUGGAGGACUGGAGGAAGGUCAGUGGGAAGCGGGGCAAAUCCAGCUGCUGUUAAAGAUCUGAAGCAUCACCGAGGCUCCCAGCUGCGGACUCGUUUUUAUCAGUCGGUGUGUUUGACUGAGCAUUAAAUCCACACUGUGACGGUACUGUUUUGUGUUUGCCUUGACUGUGACUCAUUAACAAACACAUUUCCCAUUGAUGUGAAGAUUUAUAUGAGAUCCAGGUAGAGACAUUUUAAUAGGAAGGGAAAUAUCACUUUAUGCAAUAGACCUCCUACUUUAAUAACUCAAACUGCAGUUAAUAUUCCAAAGAUGUGCCUGUGGCCCAAAAGAACACAUUGAGAAAUGAAAGUAAAUUACUGCUGUAAAUGUUUUACUAUGUACUGCCACUAAAUGAACUGCACUAAUCAUUCAUUUCACUGUUUAUUGUACAAUCUUGAUCACAUUUCACUUUAAUCAAACCAUUCUUUUUUUUAUUUUUUAUUUUUUACAAAUAUUGAUGUUUGUCUUUAUAUUUUAUUAAAAUUAAGUGAAUGAUGAAAAUAUCAGUGUUUAAUUUUUUUAAAUAUAAUUUUAUAAAAUACAAUAAAGAAAUGUAUUUUCAGGUUUGUCUGCAUUCUUGGAUAUGUUACUUCAUCAGAAGAAUGAACAUAUUGAAUCAAAUGACAUAUUCAUGUGAAUUUUACCUUUUUAUUUAAUAAAAAAUUAAAUUAAAUGGAAUAAAAUGUUCUUAAAUAAUAUGCAACUGAAUUACAUUAAUUGAGAGUUGAGCACUUAGCAAAUCCAUAAGAAAAUACAAUGCUGUGAAGAAGUAUUUGUUUUGGGAGAGGUAUCUACCCCCAAACAUGGUAUUGGCAGUGUGGUUAUCUGGAGCUGCCUUAGGACCUGGAUGAAUUAGAAAGACUGAUGGAACCAUAAAUCCUACUUUCUGUCAGACAAUCUGGAAGUAUAAUGUCCAGCUGUCAAUUCAUAACCUUAGAUUUAGCACAGUUGGGUUAUGCAGUUGGACAUUGAUUCAAUGCACAUCAGCGAAUCCACCUUUGAAUGAGUAGAAAGCAAAAAGAAAGCAAGUUGGAGAUGGUUUACAGAAAAUCUGGACUUAAAUUCAACUGCUGGAGUGUGAUCAUUUUGUGAUGGGCCAUUCUUGUGCUAAAGUCCGUCAACGUGGCGAAAUUAAAACUGUCAUGCAGAACAUUUUGCCACUCCAGAUAAAAUUAUAGCACAAAUGCUUACAGGGCUGAGGCUUUUUCACAUAAGCUCAGGUUGAUUUGAAUAGCAGUUUUCCCUCAAUACAUAAAAUCAUCUUUUGAAAACUGUUUUGCUUUUAUUCAGAUAAUCUUUGCCUUGUUUGUUGAUAAAAAAAAAAAAGCAGAAACAUAAUUUGUUCUUGCAGAACACAGCAACAACAAAUUAAAAGCAAAUCCCGUGUAAUUUAAGAAAAAUAAUUACAAAAAAUGUGGUUAUGCAGGUAGGAAAUGGGAGUAGGAAUCAACAAAAUGAUAAAUGUGAUUGUCCUAACAACAACUAUCUGCCCUUAAGCCCCAAUUCAUGAUCUGAAGGAAAGUAGGAAGCCUAUUGGAAAAGAUCUUCAAUACCACACCCAGCAUCCUUCAACAGCUUUGGAUUAAAUAGUACAAAUACUACAAAUUAGUAUUACCCAAAAUCAAAGUGAAACAAAGUGGUCAGGGCAAAUGAAAGCUAUGAUUGAGUUUAGGCGAAAUAUCAGUAGCUUACAGAGAAAAAAUCCACAAAAAAUUCACAUAACUUAGAUA